CUUCAUAAUUCACCAAUACAUUCAUCUCUCUAGAGUCUAUCCCAGCACUAGGCAUAUCACUCAACACUGGUUCUACUACCGUUUUGUUACCCAAAACUUGACUAGUCACUCAGCAGAUUGUUUAUUAGCAUAUAUAUCCAAGAGUUCGGCCCACUAACAUUGGCAUGGGUCACACAGACAUGGCGAGCAUUUGCAUGAAUUGCAUUGGCCCGAACAUUGGCCCGAGGCGCACUUGCAUCUUGAGUUCGGGGAGGGCUGGCACGCAGAUUGGGAAGAAACAGGGCAAGGGCACAUUUUGCUUUGUUUUCGGGGGAAGUCGAAGAAAAAGUGUUUUCUGGAAAGAUGUGAGAAAAUGUGUCGUGUGUUUUUGCAGAAAGGGAAGGAGUAUAAUUCCAGGCCCCAAAGAUCUGCCGGCGGCCAGCUUAUAUAUUGGCCGUUGCGAGAUUUUCGCCGUGGCGCCAAAUUAUGCGUUUAUUGUGCGGUGCGAGCUUUUGGCCACGCAGGCAGCAGUGCUAUUAACGGACCACGUCUGGGGUCCUUCCCCGGUAAAAUCGAAAAGGCGCCCGGAAGAGAAGGUCCAGGGAUUUUGGCCCCGUCUACGUCAAAGAGUUAAAAAGAGAAACGAAAAGAAGUUUGCAUAUUUCCAGAAAAUGUCUUUGCUGCCAUGCCAGGUGGCAGACCAGGACCCGAAGACAGGCCUUGGUGUACAGGCACAGUCGGGAAACGGCCUUCUCGUUUUCAGAUUGACGGGAAUCGCCUCUUUUUUUGAAAGUUCCUCUUGACCCAUAGAAGCCAAAAGACAAUAGGUUCUGCACAUGCAUGUCAAGACAGGGCCACCAGGUGCGUGGACAGGUGCUUGGAUAUGGAUAUCCUUCCUAUGCGUGCCUUGUCCAAUCCAUUCCAUGUCCUUCCAAACGUCCCAAAUCCAAACGUCCCAUAUCCAAACGUCCCAUAUCCAAACAUCCCAGAUCCAAACAUCCCAGAUCCAGACAUCCUAGAUCCAAACAUAAAAAACCAGACGGCCACUCCAAACAGCCUGCCCAGUUCAAUUCGUGCGGCUCGGUUAUUAGCCCUGAACCCAGAUCUCGCCGCGCACUGCCACCCAAUCUAACUUAGUAUGGCUUAGCUUAGCUGA